AUCCCUAAAACGGCCCUAUUUUCCUCUGCCACUCUCAAUACUCGCAGGUACUAAUCUAAUCAUGUUAUUAUUUUUUUGUUUUGCAAGCCCCGUUUGAUUCCCAAGAACAUCCAUCCCCCAUUCUAUUUCCGGAAAAAUUCAUCCUCGUUUGAUUUCCGAGAAAAUCCAUGCAAAACCCCCAAGGAAAACCAAAAAAAUUGCUUUUCUUUUGCUCCCUGUGUUUUCUGGAUCUGUUCUAGGGGUCUCUUUGCUGUUGUGCCAGGCUGAAAAACAUAACCUCUGCCUGCAAAUCAUGAUCAGAUUACCAACUAGCAUCUUAUGUUUUUUCAAAAAAAAAAAAAAAAAGGACAGAUUUUGUAUCCUGUGCGCGGGCUGGACUGGCAGGAAAUAUCGGGAAAUUUCCCGAAAAAUCGGUAAAAAUACCGAUAAAAUACCGAAAUAUCGGUGAUAUUUUCGGCGGUUUUUUGAUAUCCUCCUCCGGCAACUCCGCGUGUCGCGAGCGCGAUUUAUCGGUUCUAGACCGAUAUAUAGCCGAUUUUGUCGAUUUUUUGCCGAUAUUAAUCUCGAUAAUUGGUGUUGAAUUUCGUUUCAAGGCCGCCGACAUCCGAUAUAUCGGCGAAAUAUCGCCGAUAAAAUCCGUAUAUUUGUACAUUAAAUAAAUAAAUAAAACUAAAAGAUUAAAAACCCUUCCAUCCUAAAACGCAACUAUGGGUUUGACUGUUUGAGAGUUAGCUUACAACCUAAUUACAAAAAGGAGUUAUUUGGUCACUUUGCACGGUUUAGGGGGUUUAGGGUUUGCCGCAGAAGACGCCCCAAACUUCAUUUAGAUAAAAGCAUUCAAUCCGUCUUCCCAACCGCGCCGUUUCGACUGAUCUUCUCAGUUCAAGUCAAGAGUUCAAAUUGUGAAGUAACAAGGGAAGAGGAGGAAGAAGGCAUGGAAAACAGUAUGACAUCAAAAUCUCAAAGUAAAGCAAGAGAGCAUAUGAAGGAAUUAGAAAGACUUCAGGAAAAGGACCCAGAAUUCUAUCAAUUCUUGAAAGAGCAUGAUAAGGAGCUUCUAGCAUUUAAUGAUGAGGGCAUUGAUGAAGACGAUGAAAUUGACAUGGAAGAUGAUGACAUUGACAUGGAAAAUGCAGAAAUACCAGAAGAUGAUGAAGCUGAUGCAAGUGACUUGGAAAAGGUGGCUAAUAAAGCAGAAAAUGAAGAUAAAUCAUCUAAAAAUGUUAUCACGACUGAAAUGGUGGAUUCCUGGUGUAACUCAAUUCGAGAAAAUGCAAAAUUAGGUGCUAUCCGUUCACUUAUGAGAGCUUUUAGGACUGCUUGCCACUAUGGUGAUGAUGAGCAGGAUGAGUCUUCGACAAAGUUCAAUAUCAUGUCUAGUGGUGUCUUCAACAAAAUAAUGCUAUUUGUUCUAAGUGAAAUGGAUGGAAUUCUUCGAAGUUUGUUGAAACUCCCAACUUCUGGAGGGAAGAAAGAGACCAUAAACAAUCUAAUGGGCACAAAACAAUGGAAGGACCACAACCAUUUGGUGAAGUCAUAUCUUGGAAAUGCUUUACACAUUUUGAACCAAAUGACUGAUAUGGAAAUGAUAUCAUUUACUUUACGGCGCCUCAGAUAUUCAUCGAUAUUUUUGACUACUUUCCCAAGUCUCCUAAGGAGGUACAUUAAGGUUACACUUCAUUUUUGGGGUACAGGAGGAGGUGCCCUUCCUGUUGUCUCCUUUCUAUUUAUAAGAGACUUAUGCAUUCGCCUUGGUUCUGAUUGUUUAGAUGAGUGCUUCAAAGGGAUAUACAGGGCCUAUGUUUUAAACUGCCAGUUUGUCAAUGCUGUGAAAUUACAACAUAUUCAGUUUCUUGGGAAUUGUGUCAUUGAACUUCUCGGGGUGGACCUACCAAUUGCAUAUCAACAUGCUUUUGUUUUCAUUCGGCAAUUGGGAAUGAUCUUACGGGAAGCUCUUAAUAUGAGAACUAAGGAAGCAUUCCGAAAGGUUUAUGAAUGGAAAUUCAUAAACUGCCUUGAGCUUUGGACCGGAGCUGUCUGUGCCUAUGGUUCAGAGGCUGAUUUUAGGCCACUCGCUUAUCCACUGACUCAGAUAAUUUCUGGAGUUGCUCGUUUGGUUCCAACUGCUCGAUACUUCCCCCUUAGAUUGCGGUGUGCUAGAAUGCUAAAUCGAAUUGCUUCUUCUACUGGUACUUUUAUACCUGUUUCUCUACUCCUUUUAGACAUGCUGGAGAUGAAAGAAUUGAAUAAGCCCCCCACUGGAGGAGCUGGCAAAGCUGUUAAUUUGCAAUCUGUACUGAAGGUGAGCAAACCAACCCUAAAGACACGAGCAUUUCAGGAGGCAUGUGUGUUUUCUGUGGUUGAAGAGCUUGCUGAACAUUUAGCUCAAUGGAGCUAUUCUGUUGCUUUCUUGGAGUUAUCUUUUAUUCCAGCUGUGCGAUUACGUAGUUUUUGCAAAGCUACUAAAAUCGAGAGGUUCCGGCGAGAAAUGAGACAGCUAAUUCAUAAUAUUCAGGCCAAUUCUGAAUUUACAAAUGAAAGGCGUAUGUGUAUUUCUUUUCUUCCAAAUGAUCCUGCUGCAACAACUUUUCUUGAGGCUGAGAAAAAGUCAGGAGCAAGCCCUCUAUCACAGUAUGUUGCAACUCUACACCAAAGAGCACAGCAAAGGAAUGAGUCAUUGAUGGGAUCCAGUGUUCUUGUGGGUUCUCGCUCCUCCAUAUUUGGAAAUAAGAUGUCCGAACAUGAUGAAGAUGAUACCAUGAAUGAGGAUGGUGCUGCUGUCUUUAAUUCUUCUUGGUUUCCCGGAAGUGAUUCCAAGGCUAAGCUAUCAAAAGAGGGGAAAAAGAAGAAAAAGAAGAAGAUGCAGGAGAAGCAGGAAGAGGCAAUCACAGAUGAUGUUGUGGAGGACCUUAUCCUUAGUUCAGAUGAAGAUGGAUCAUUAAAUGACACUUCUUCUGCCGGGGAAGAAGAUGAGGAAGCAAAAUCAGUGCCCUCAAAACAGCAGCGCAAGAAGCAAUCUACCAUUGACAUGCCCUCUUCAGGGAACAAAGAUAAAGCAAAACCAACACUUCCAAUGAAGAAGAGCAAGAAGCGGAAACCAUCUACAGGAGUGUCAAAAAAGGAUAUACAUAUUCAUAAAAAGUCAAAGAAGAGGAAGAAAACUAAUUGAUAAGGCACAUGAGAAGGUACAUGAGUAAACGUGUUGUCAGUUUGAUCUUUUCGUUACUAAUUUUUCAUUUUUGCAUUUGUUUCUUCCUAGGAAUUUUUUCAAAAUAGUCUUUGUCUGAAUUUUUCUAUAAGCCUGUUUUAUGGAGGAGCUUUUGGUAGCUUACCCAAAAUUUUGUAUGAGAUGUUCAAACAUGGAUUUCUUCCACCGUUGACCUUUAAAACUUAGUGUGAGUUUGGUAGGUAGGAAUAGGAAUGAGAAUGGAUGUGAAUCACUAUACCAUCUUGAGGAAAGGAAUCAAAAUGCUGAUAAGAUUAGGAUUUGGUUUUCA